GACCAGGGGGCCAGCGCCGUCAUAAACCCGGCCCCGCAUGUAGCAGGUGCCGAGGCGCAGGAAGCUGAGUCUCUUCGAAAUUCUCACGGUCUUCCGCCGACUUGGGGCCCUUGGCUAUGUCUGAGUCAACGCGGGACCCCCGGGUGGACUUCUCCGGGAGAGGAUCCUUCACCCCAAACUGCAGUGUGGGGGCGAAGGGGCGGCGAUCCCCACCGCGUGCCGCUUCCGCUCCUACUUGCGCUUGCCAGCUUGGCGAAGGCACCGAGAGACCCACAUCUCGCUUCAGUGUCUUGACAAAAAAGAGACACCAUUUGGAAGCAAAGCCUGGGAUCCAGCUCCUUGUCUCUGUCAUUUCUCAUCACUUCAUCUGGCAUCACUGAAAUAGUCACUGACAAUGUAAACUAACUCGAGAAGAAUGGAUGAGGAUUUUAGAAACCUGGGAACAUCAGAGAGAGCUCAAAACUGUUCCAAAGCUUAUUUCCAGGAUGUAUCAGAUCAAGUUACAAUGAAGAAGAUGAAGGUUCUCUCAUUCUGCCACAGCUCCAGAUCCAGCUUCCCUCUCCCGGGUUUUAUUGUUUUCUUCCUUACUUGUUAUGUUCACAAGAUGGAAUCAGUUCCAGCAACGUUCACAGUGAUUGGACCUCGUGACCCUGUCACUGCCAUCCUGGGUCAGGAAACUGUGUUACCCUGUCACCUGUCCCCCCGGAUGAGUGCUGCAAACAUGGAGGUGAGAUGGUUCCACUCUGAGUUUUCAACUGCUGUGCACCUGUAUCGUGAUGGGAAGGAUCAAUAUGAAAGGCAGAUGCCAGAGUAUCAGGGAAGGACAGAGCUUUUGAAAGCCGGACUCACAGAUGGAAAUGUUCACUUGAGGCUUCUCAAUAUCAGACGCUCUGAUGAAGGACAAUACCACUGCUUUGUUCAAGAUGAUACUUUUUAUGAAGAAGCCGUAUUGGAACUGUGGAUAGCAGGUCUGGGCUCUGCUCCUCUCCUCUCUGUUGAAGGUCACCAGGAUGGAGGGAUUCGGGUGGUUUGUCGAUCAGCUGGUUGGUACCCAGAGCCUGAGGUGCUAUGGAGAAAUCUCAAUGGACGACAUUUACCAUCACUCUCUGUAACAAAAUCCCAAGGAGAUAACAGCCUGUUUGAAACAGAAACUGCGGUCAUUGUAACAGAACAUUUAAACCAAAACUUGUCCAGUUGCAUCAGGAACACCGUUCUCAAUCAAGAAAAGGAAUCAGCAGUUUAUAUAGCAGAUCCCUUUUUCCCAAAGGUGAAUCCCUGGAUGGUGGGUCUGAGUGUGAUCCUGGUGGUUUUGCUUUGUUGCAUUGGCCUCACUGGUUAUCUCUUUAAAAUGAAAGGGAAACUUACUGAAGAAGUUGGCAAACGAGAUAUAGAAAUUGACAAACGAGAUAAAGAAAUAAGCAAACGAGAUAUAGAAAUAGACAAACGAGAUAAAGAAAUAAGCAAACGUGAUAGAGAAAUUGAGAAACGAGAUAACGAGAUAAGGUGGAGAAGAUCCGUGGCACCUAUAGAAGAAGCGAACGUGACCCUGGAUCCAGACACGGCUCAUCCCCACCUCAUCCUGACUGAGGCUGGGAAAAGUGUGACACGGGGAGACACUUGGCAGGAUCUGCCCGACACCCCUGAGAGAUUUGACUCUAGGGUCUGUGUGCUGGGCUGCGGGGGAUUCACCGCGGGGAGACAUUGCUGGGAGGUGGAGGUGGAGGGUGCGGGAGGCUGGGCUGUGGGGGUGGCCAGAGAGUCUGUGAGGAGGAAGGGACGGAUCCGCUGUAGCCCUGAGGAGGGGAUCUGGGCUGUGGAGUGGGACUGGUGGGGUCAGUUCUGGGCUCUCACCUCCCCUGUGACCCCCCUGACCCGGAGCCGGGCCCCCAGCAGGAUCCGGGUUUGUCUGGACUGUGACCGGGGGCAGGUGACAUUUAUCGAGGCCGGUGACGAGGCCCCGAUCUUCACUUUCCCGCCGGGCUCCGUCCCUGGGGGGAGAAUCCGGCCCUGGCUCUGGGUGCGGGGGGGAUCCCGGCUCCGACUGUGUCCCUGAGACCCACAGCAGAGGGGGAACCAGAAAUCAGCCUCUCUAGCCUCACGGACCCCGGUCUGUAUGACCUUGGGGGACUCCCAUCUACCCAGCCCCUGGCCCCUCAUCUCUAUGGCCCCUGGAAGCUCCUCCCCCUCCCUCCCUGCAGCCCCAGCCAUGGGGGGAGGGGGAGGAACCCCUGGGGCUGCAGGAGGGGCAGAGGGGCCCUGAGGGGCAGAGGUGGGGGCUGGGCAGGGACCCAGCAUGAAUCCAUCAGGGUUUGGGGGGCUGGGGAGAAGCAGCGGCGGGGAGCGGUUUGUACAGAUCUGUGGGAUUGGAUCUCAUGGGGUCUCCCAGCCAGAGCUCCUGCCCCAGGGGCCCAAGUCACUUCAGGACACCGGGUAGCACUGUCAUGGUCACACACACACGCAGGGGCAGUGGAGGGGAUGGGUAGGGGGUG